CACGCCCUCGGAAGCAGACUAGGAAGCGAGAAGGCUAGAGCUUCGCGAGGGGGGGCGGGGCCUGUGGCGCGUGGCGGGGCGCGAGAGGCACGCGGUCCAGGCGCCGGCCAGAUGACGUCAUGCGCUGACGGCCCCGCCCCUUCGCGCCUCCGGGUCGGCGGGCGCUCGGUGGAGACGCCAAGAUGGCGGCGAGUAACUAUUAUGGCUUUGCGCAAGGCAUCGGCUCGCAGUACAGCGUCCCGCCUCCGUCAGCUUUUCCCCUCCCCGCUGCUGGAGCCAGCUUGUCCACACAGCCUGCUCCUGGACUGGGCCCGGCCCUGAUCCCAUUUCCCGAGGCCGCCCAGCCCCCUGGGCCAGGAUACAGUGGGUACCAGCCCCACUCCGGUCAGGACCUCGGUUAUAGCGCCCAACCCCAGGAGCCUAUGCCAGCUGCCACCACGGCACCCUCCUACCAGGACAGUUACAGCUACGGACUGUCGACAGCCACCAGUGGCUAUGAGAACAAACAGUACCCGCCAUCUGUGGCCGGCCAGCCUCAGCUCCCAGCCGCGGCCACGCUCUGCCCGCCAGGGACCCAAGGAGCCUACGGGGGCGGUGGGUACAGCCAGGCACAGCCCCUGCCACAGAUGCCCACCGCCGAGGCAGGGCCGCCAGCCAGCGUCGCCUGCUCCAGCUACACUUACGCCCCAGCAAGCAGCGCCCAGCCCAUGGCCUCCUCCGUUCCCACCCUGCCGGCCUCCUCAUCCUUCAGCGCAGCCUCCGCCCUGUACACGGGGCCAAGCUACCCGAGCUAUGACGCGUCCUCCUACUCCGUGGCCCGUCCUUACUACCCACCGUUACUCACUCCACAGAUGCAGCCGCCGCCGCCGCCACCCCCACCCCAGCAGCCCCCCGCACCCCCAAAGCCUGUGGAGUCAUCCCAGUGGGGUGGCCCAGGAGGCAGUCCCAGUGCCAGCUGUGCCAACAGCAUCGCCAAGAAGCUUCCAGUUCCCAGCAAGCUGCCAAGACCCCGGACCGGCCCCCAGCCGCUCCCGCUUCACUACUGUGACAUCUGCAAGAUCAGCUGUGCCGGCCCCCAGCAGACGUACCGCGAGCACCUGGAAGGGCAGAAACACAAGAAGAAAGAGGCAGCUCAGAAGAUGGGCGUCCAGCCCAACGGCAGCCCGCGGGGGGUGCAGGCACAGCUGCACUGCGACCUCUGUGCCGUGUCCUGCACCGGGGCAGAGGCCUACGCCGCCCACAUCCGGGGGGCCAAGCACCAGAAGGUCUUCAAGCUGCACACCAAACUGGGGAAGCCCAUCCCCACCAUAGACCCCGCAUCGGCCAACCCCAGCUUGGCCCAGGCCCCCAGCACCAGCCAGCCGGCCUCCACCCCCGUCACCGUCACCGCAGAGAGCGCCCCUGCAGCCUCAGCCAAGCCCGUGGCCCCCGCCAGCCCCAGCGUGUGUGCCACGAGCAGGCCACCACCGCCCAGGAGACCGGCCACCUCGAAGGCCUCGCGUGUGGGGCCCCCUGCACUGCCAGCAACUGACUGUAGACCCCUCCACGGGAAACCUGCACCCCCCAGAUCCGAGCGGCCUGGGGAGCCGUCCGCCCGAGGAGGCUCUGCAGAAGCUUCUGGAAGCAGUUGUGAGGGGCAGCCGGUGGGCCCAGGCUACGUGGAGGAGGUGUGCAACGAGGAGGGCCGGGUGAUCCGCUUCCACUGCAAGCUGUGUGAGUGCAGCUUCAACGACCCCAACGCCAGGGACAUGCACGUGCGGGGACGGCGGCACCGGCUGCAGUACAAGAAAAAAGUGAACCCUGACCUCCCGAUCGCAGACAAGCCCAGCACACGGGUGCGCAAGCUCGUGGAGGAGACACUGCGGAGGCAGCGGCAGCUGACCAAGAGGCGGCUGGGGGAGCUGCGGCGCUGGCACAAUGAGACGAGGUGCAGCCUCGCGGCCCUGCGCAGUGGGAGGGCUCCCCCCGGGCCCCCCAGGGCUCCAGUGGGGCCACCUCACAGUCCUGCCGCCGCUCAGGGCCCCGAGUCCCUCUCGUCCCGCAGGCGCUACGACUUGUGCAGGAGGCGGCUGCAAGAGGGGCCGCCUGUCCCGGACUCACGCUCAGGACGCCCUCUGCCUGACCAGCACCUGCCUGCCCUCAGGAGUCGGCCAGGGGCGCCCGCAGCCAAGCCUCUGCCCACCAGGCGGCCGGAGUCCAGUGACGACCGGCAUGUCAUGUGUAAGCACGCGGCCAUCUACCCAACGGAGGAGGAGCUCCUGGCCAUCCAGAAGGCCGUCUCCCAUGCGGAGCGUGCCCUCAAGCUGGUGUCUGACACGCUGGCUGAGGAGGACUCUGCCAGCCCAGAGCCCGAGGGCGGGGACCACAGCCGCCCCAGCCCCUCGGCCCGGAUCCUGAAAGGCGUGAUGCGGGUCGGCCUCCUGGCGAAGGGGCUACUCCUGCGGGGAGAUCGGGCGGUGCAGCUGAUCCUGCUCUGCUCCCAGAAGCCCACCCGCGCCCUGCAGCGCAGAGUCGCCGAGCAGCUGCCCCUCCAGCUCCCGGUGGUCACAGACGACAAGUACGAGGUGUCUUCUGACCCGGACGCCAGCAUCGUCAUCUCCUCUUGCGAGGAGCCCCAGAUACAGGUUGCUGUGUCCAUCACCUCGCCCCUGAUGCGGGAGGACCCCUCCGCAGACCGAGAAGGAACCGAGGUGCCUCCGCCAGACCCAGGAGAUGUCCUGAGCCCAGAGAAGUGCCUCCAGGCACUGGCUGCUCUCCGCCACGCCAAGUGGUUCCAGGCGAGAGCCAGCGGCCUGCAGCCCUGUGUGAUCGUCAUCAGGGUCUUCCGGGACCUCUGCCAGCGCGUGCCCACCUGGGGGGCCCUGCCGGACUGGGCCAUGGAGCUGCUGGUGGAGAAGGCCCUGAGCAGCACCAAGGGGCCCCUGAGCCCCGGUGAUGCCGUGCGCCGAGUCCUGGAGUGCGUGGCCUCGGGGACGCUCCUCACAGAUGGGCCCGGGCUCCAGGAUCCCUGUGAGAGAGACCAGAUAGAUGCCCUCGGCUCCAUGACCCUCCAGGAACGAGAAGACAUCACAGCCAGCGCCCAGCAACUGCGAGACACCGAGUUUAGGCAACACAGCCACAGACUCAGACAGCUGGUGAACGACGUACUCAGUCCAGAUGGACGGAACGCCCAGGCGGUGGUGCCUGCUGCAGGCCUGAAGAGCAGUGGCUUCUCAGCUUUGCUUCCCAGCCCUCUUCCCACUGGGCAGAGGACCCCGGAGCAGGCAGGCGGCUGGCAGGGAGACUCAGGACCAGGCACUUGAGAACCGAGACCGCUGUGGGGGGACAGAGGGGAGAGAAGCAGCCAGGGACAGCGGGACCUCAGGCUGCGGGAUGCUGGAGGCCAGCCCGGUUGCUAGGAGAUGGUGUUGCGUGUGGGCGGGAUGACGCGGGUGGUGUGGGCAGGGCCAGAACCAGACCUGGCAGGCAGUGCAGGAGAGACACAUGAGAGGGCAGACCUGCCCGCAGCCGCACCGGCUAAGGUCACCAAUGACACCGGAUGAAAACCGCGAAACGCACUGCAGCCCCUGGUCCAGAUGAGUCACGCUCCGUGGUACAGGGAGCAUCUCUGGGCUCGGCCGGCCCGAACUCGUUUGGAGAGACGUUGGCUCCAUCCUCUCCCCGGUCACCUGUUAGGUCACCUGUUAGUAGGGCUGAGGAGAUGUUUCAGGUAAGCGGACCAAGGCUCUUCAGAGUGAACAGACCAGAGGACUCAUGGAGAAGGCAGCCCAGAGUAGGCAGCUGGGCAUGGGGAGUAUCACCCUGUGUAUAUCUGCCCAAGUUCUGAAAAAUAAAGAUACUAGAAAACAGAUAUUUGCUGUUCAUGGAACACCCAUUUUCACAGCAGCAGGAUUCACAGCAGCUAAAUGGUGAGAAAAAGCCAAAAGCCAAGUGUCCAUUACAGAUGAUGAAUAAACAAGUAUGGUCACUCACAUGGUGGAAUAUUACUCAGCCUUAAAUAGGAAGGAGGUUCUGACACCUGCUACAACAUGAAUGAACCUUGGGGACAUGAUGCUCAGUGAAAUAACCCAGACACAGAAGGACACACACUGUCUUAUUUCACUCACAGGAGGUCCUAGAGGAGUCAAAUCUAUAGAGAUAGGAAGUAGAUGGCAGGGGUCAGGGGCUGGGGGAGGGGGAGGGGAUGGGGAAGUCACUGUUUCAUGGGGGCAGAGUUUCAAUUUGGGAAGAUGAGAAAGUUCUGGAGAUGAUGGUAGGGAAUCAUAUGAAUGACUGCAUCAUAUGAUGGGGAUGAUUGUGCAACCAUAUGAAUACACUUAAUGCCACUGAGCUGUGCAUCUAAAAAUGGUUACAAUGGUAUUUUGUCUAUUUCAUUUGUCUAUGGUAUCAUGUCCAUUUUAACACAAUAAAAUUUUCUUUUCAUGCACUGGGUUUUUCCAAUUACAAAAAUCUUGGAAAUCUCAGAAAAAAUGGAAGAA